AUGCAUGAGCUCAUAAAGUCUGAGCGGGACUACAUAGAAGAUCUACGGAAAUGUAUACAGGUAUACAUUGCUGAAUUCGAUUCUGCUGAGGCAAAUUCAACACUCCCAUCCAUUUUGAAAGAUCGUCGCCAAGCAAUCUUCGGUAACUAUGAAAAGCUGUACGCUUUCCACUCAGAGAAGUUUUUCCAUGAACUGUCCAAGUACGAAGAUGAUCCAGAGGAAGUUGGUUGUUCGUUCACAGUUUGGGUGGAUUAUCUCAAUGAGCUUUACACCGACUAUUGUGUGAAUAUGGAGCAAAACAACCAUUCAAUAAGAGAGAAACAUGGAUUGGAGCAGAAUAAUUCGCUGCACUCCAUGCGAAUCAAGCCAGUGCAGCGGUGCACGAGGUAUAAGUUAUUGAUGGAACAGCUACUCAAGCACUGCAGCAAUGUAGAGGAAAUUCGCGAAGCUUAUGAUGUUGUAAAGAGUCUUCCUCGCCGUGUCAAUGAUAUUAUUCACUUCAAUGGACUCGAGAAGGACAAG